UCAUUAACGUUAAAUUGUAUUUGUGGGUUAUACAUGUUCUGUGUUUCCGCUGUUGUUUUCUGUCAGUGGUAAACUUGUAUAACCGAUCGAUUGGCUGUAACACUGACACACGGUGCGUGAAAGUGCUGAGAUAACAGAAGUUCUCCACAUUAACGAUGAGUCGUAGUAGGAACCCUCCUCCCCGGGGUCAAGGGGCAGCACGGGCCAAACAGAUGGGGCUUUUACUUGACCUAUCUCAUGGAGGGAUGGAUGAUGAUGGAAAUGACGACGAGCUGGAGGCAGAACUGCUGAGUCUGGUGGGCUCAGGAGGUGGAGGAGGAAGAUCACAAGGGAAGAAAGGUGAUGGAAGAGCUCCUGUUCCCAUGGCUGAAAUAGAGCGAAUGGCAGCCCUUUGUAUGAAAGACCUGGAUGAUGAGGAUAUGGGGGAUGAAGAUCUGGAUGAUGAUGAUGAAGAUCUGUUGGCAGAGCUGAACGAGGUUUUGGAGGAUGAUGAGGGACAAACCUCUGCUCCCAGCCCUCCUGCCAUGACCCCACCUGGCCCCAAAGGGAGUGCCACAUCCCACUCUCCGGCAGCAGCUCCCAGUGGUGCAUCUGGGCUGGAGGCUCAACUAGCUGAACGCAUUGAAAUGUAUAAGACAGCCAUUUCCAACGCCAAGGCUGCAGGAGAGACUAGCAAAGUUCGAAGAUAUGACCGUGGAUUAAAGACAUUGCAGUCCAUGUUGAUAUCAGUCAGGAAAGGAAAACCAAUCAAUGAAGAAGAGAUCCCACCUCCUGUUGCUGUAGGUGGAAAGCCCAGUGUCACAGCUGUGUCUAAAACUGCAGAGGAGCAGAAUGUGCCACAGCCCACACUAAUGCCAUGCCCUCCAACCAAUCAGAAACCUUUGAGAGAGGCUGCACCACCAACUCCUAACUCUAAACCUGUCCACUUAACCCCUCCCCAAAGAACUUCUGCUGCUGUCACUCCAGAUACUCCUGCUAUUUCUCCCCUCACUCCCAGCCAACCAGAUGCACAGUACUCAGAAGAGAAGCAGGCAGUUUUGACCAGACAGCGAGAGUAUAAGUUGGCUGCCAUUAACGCCAAGCAAAGUGGAGACAUUGAUCAAGCCAAGCAACACUACCUCAUUGCCAAGAAGCUGGAUGUGCUGGUGGAAGCACUGGACCGAGGAGAACCAAUAGACAGUCGCUCAGUACCUCCCCCUCCUGGGGAAGCAGUAGCAGAACACCGUGCACCUCCUCCCUCUCAAUCUUCCUCUAAACCUACUGCUGCUGCUGCUCCUGCUCCAACCCAGGUGGCCACUUCUGACCUUUCUCCUCCUAGCACUGUGGCAGAAGCCCUGCAGCAGAGGAUGGACAUUUACAAGUCAGCAGCAGAGGGAGCUAAGAGCAAAGGAGAUGACCGCAAGGCUCGUAUGCACCAGCGCAUCGUCAAGCAAUAUCAAGAUGCCAUUAGAGCUCACAAAGCGGGACGACCGGUCAACCUGUCUGAUCUACCUGUACCACCAGGUUGUCCACCACUUCAGGGCUCAGAGGGGGGUCAGCAGAACUUCAUGGGUGUCCUGGAAACUGCUAUGAAAAUAGCUAAUCAGGAUGCUGACGCAGAAGAUGAAGAUGAAGAUGCACUGAGAGAAGCUGCCAAGCCUGCUGUGCGUCCACCUGCCCAGAAAGCAAAAGCCCCGGCUCCUCAGGCCCCUGGAGGCCCCAGAGCCCCAAAACUGGGACCUAAAGCCCAGCAGCAAGUGGAUUUCCUGUUGCUAAGGCGACAGGCAUUUUUGCGUGCAGCACUGCACUCUAAACAGAUGAAGGACAUGGCCGGGGCAGCACAGCACCUCAGACAUGCAAAGGGACUGGACCCCAUGGUCACUGCAGCCAAAUCGGGACUUCCUGUUGAUAUCACAAAGAUUCCCAGUGCUCCAGUCAGUGAGGAGGAUUACUCCCUGGCUCGUUCUCGUACCUCCCCUAUGUCCCCUCGGUCCAGUGAACAGUACCACGGCCUCAUGGAUCUUCUGCGAAAACAACACGAGAAAUGUCUGAGAAACUCUCAACAGUUCACCGAAAUGGGUAACGUAGUUGAGGCUCUCAAGUGUGAGAGGCUUGUGGAGGAGUGUAUGAAGAACAUAGAGAUACUGAAGAAUGCCUACACCAAGGGUCACCCAGUCCCCAAGUGUCGCACUGAGGAAAGAACCUUCAACACCUUCAAAAUCUACCCCAACCUGACACCUAAUGACCUGAUACUCUACAUCAUCAGAGGCAUCAACCUGCCAGCUCCCUCAGGUGUCUCACCUAACGAUCUGGAUGCCAGCGUGAAGUUUGAGUUUCCUUUUCCCAGCUCGGAGGAGGCUCAGAGAGACAAAACCGGCACAGUAAAGGGCACCAACAGUCCAGAGUUUAAAGAACAGUUCAAGCUCAGCAUUAACCGAAACCAAAGAAGCUUCAAACGAGUUGUCCAAUCUAAAGGCAUCAAGUUUGAAGUCAUCCAUAAAGGCGGCCUCUUUAAAACAGACAAAGUAGUGGGUACUGCUCAGCUAAAGCUUGAGGCACUAGAGAACCACUGUGACUUUAGAGAGAUCAUAGAGGUGAUGGAUGGACGUAAAGCCACUGGUGGUAAAUUGGAGGUCAGAGUGAAACUCAGAGAGCCGCUGUCAGGUGUUGAUCUGCAGUCAGUUACAGAGAAGUGGCUGGUUCUCGAUCCAGUCUCCCCUCUUUCACCUCCUGAAAGACAAAAAGAAAGGGCUCCAUCUCCUCGAUCCAAACCCAGAAAUGAAACGAGCAGCAGCAAUCCCAGCAGGUCUCCUCCUCAGUACAAACUCCACAGCUUCAGCCUCCUCAACUACGACAGGGAAAGGCUGGAGAGAAAGAUAACAGAGUACCGAAAAAACAGACGGGAUCCCCCAUCUGACCUCAUCCAUCAACACAAGGAGGUCAUACACAGACUGCAAUGGCAAAAAGCUCAGUUGGAGCGAGCCUCUCCUGCCCUGCUGUCAGAAUAUGAAAAUGUGCUGCAGCGCUUCGCCCAAGGACUUUCCGACUCUGUCAAGAAAUACUCCAGCCAAGGCAACAGGGACGCCGCUAAGGAUGCUCUUGGCAGGUUGAAAUUGGUAGAGAAUGAGCUGGAAUCACUAAAAAGGAAACGAACUGGAUGAAAAUCAAGUCAAGGAGAGGAGGUGUGGCUGUAAUACUGUUAUAUCAUCUGACAUAUACAAACACUACAGUGGGUACUUUUAGCAUGAUUCUCUGAUGCUCAUGUGUAUGACGUAUGCAUGAAACAACUUUCUCAUACUGUCAAUCUUCAGUCAACUCCGUGUUACUUGUGGUUGGUUGCCUGCUAAAUAUGUUUCAAUACAGAGGGACACAGAAUUGAAACAAGCAUUAAAACACGACUUAUUUGCACUUAAACACAACCAACACUACAGAAAACUGCCUCUUGUGUUCCACUUUACAGGUUUUACUUGGACUCUGUUCAUUGUUUUGAUUGUAGUCUUUGGUUGGUUGGUUUUUUUCUUCUUCUUUCUUCUUUUUUUUUUAAGAACUGGUGGUGGAGAGACCCAUUAGAAGGUUUACUGUUUUACAUGUGACACCAGUGUAUGAAGUGACUUGGUGUCUAAAGAUGACCAAAAAAUGUCUGUAUGUGUGCUUGGAAGCAUGAAGUGUGUUUAAUCAAUAGAUGGAGGUUUUUUUAACCCCUUUCCCCAUAUUUUAUGUGUGUAAUGAGCUUAAUCUAAUCUGUCUGCUCCAGUGUUCCCAGAUUACAGUAAUCUGCUCCAUUUGGAGUGGUGUGAUAUGGGAAUAAAAAAGUGGGGCUUUGGGGUGCUGCAGCCUACAUCCCAUAAUGAAGGAUUAGUGUUUGUGUCACCAAGGAGACGACUAGAUCAGACAUAGAGUCGCCUUUGGGGGCUGGGGAGGGGGGGGCAUUAUCAGCGUACGAUGAAUGUGUGAGAAGCUUAGCACCAUGAAUAGAUUACUUUUACUUCUUCAUCAUCAUCUAUUUCGUCUUUGUUGUCCUCUUCGUCUUCUACAUUCUAAUUCUUUACACACAUUCAUAGAUUAUUCAGAUUGACUGCUCCACUUGGAUUUUCUUUACACUCUUAAACAAUGUUAAAUCCAUUGUGCUGUGGAUGAGAAAAUAAUUAGCAUCUGCUGCAUCUGUGAGAUGUACACUUUAUUUUCUACCGUUUUUGAUACUGUACAGUACAUGCUAUUUAUCCUAAACAGAAUCAGCCUCACUGAGCUCUGCAGCAGCAGUAGGAGCACAUUGGAUACUGAAUAGUCUGGCCUCAGAAUGACAGCCCAGUGUGUCAGAAUGCCUGGAUAAUUGCUCUUUUCUAUUUCUGUUUU